CGAUCGUCUCUUCAUUGAUCGGAAAACCAACCACGACCCAUUAUUCCUCGCCUGUUUCUGGCGCAAACCCUUGUAUCAAUUUUGGAUUUUGGUGAGAAUAUUUUUUGGGGAUCUGAAGAGAAAGAACACGAUGAUGACGAGUAUGGAAGGGAUGGUGGAGAAAGGAGUAUUGGAUGAUAUUAUAAGAAGAUUGUUAGAAGGUAAAGGAGGCAAACAGGUUCAGCUUUCCGAGAGCGAGAUUCGUCAACUCUGCUUUAACGCUCGUCAAAUCUUCCUCUCUCAACCUAAUCUCCUUGAUCUCCAUGCCCCAAUUCGUAUCUGUGGUGAUAUCCAUGGCCAGUAUCAAGAUCUUUUGAGGUUGUUUGAAUACGGAGGCUAUCCUCCUUCAGCAAACUAUCUAUUCCUUGGUGAUUACGUUGACAGAGGCAAGCAAAGUCUUGAGACCAUAUGUUUGCUUCUUGCUUACAAGAUUCGGUAUCCGUCGAAGAUAUAUCUGUUGAGAGGGAACCAUGAGGAUGCUAAGAUCAAUAGGAUUUACGGGUUUUAUGACGAGUGCAAACGGAGAUUUAAUGUACGACUUUGGAAGGUGUUUACUGAUUGCUUCAACUGUUUACCCGUAGCUGCACUCAUUGACGAGAAGAUACUGUGUAUGCACGGUGGGUUGUCACCAGAUUUGGACAAUUUGAAUCAGAUUCGAGAGAUUCAGAGGCCUACAGAGAUUCCAGACAGUGGUCUUCUUUGUGAUUUACUUUGGUCAGAUCCUGAUCAGAAGAUUGAAGGGUGGGCUGAUAGUGAUCGAGGUAUCUCUUGCACUUUUGGAGCCGAUAAAGUCGCUGAGUUCUUGGAUAAGAAUGAUCUUGACCUCAUUUGCCGAGGCCAUCAGGUAGUUGAAGACGGGUAUGAGUUUUUCGCAAAACGGAGAUUAGUCACGAUAUUCUCAGCUCCAAACUAUGGUGGGGAGUUUGACAACGCUGGUGCAUUAUUGAGCGUGGACGAGUCUCUUGUUUGCUCCUUUGAGAUUAUGAAACCCGCCCCAGCUUCAAGCAGUCAUCCUCUCAAGAAGGUACCGAAAAUGGGGAAGUCUUGAAUUUCUAGUCCUCUCUCUUUCAAGAUAACGGUUCCACAGCUCAAGCUAGGCUCAAGUUUCAGACUGUCAUUACAACUGCGUUUGUGUCUCCAGUUAUGGGUUGAAUGCAAUGAAGAACCCAAAGGGUA